AUGGAAGAAGAGGUCUGUCAUCGAGAAGCCUGAAUUGUGAUACCAAGAAAGCCCUUCGAGACACUGACAAUAGGAGCCUGAGAUACAGGAGGAAGCAAACAUGCUGAAGCCAAGUGGACUUAAAAUCCCAGGCAGGGCUGGGAAGCACUCCAGCCCAGUGGGACGGGCAUCAGGGACCACUACAGCUGCUGUCACCACUGGCUCAAAAGAAGGCUCGCCUUCACACAAGCAGGGUACCACCUCCACCACCAGCGCCGAGAAGUCGGCUUCGAAGGUUGCCGAGGUGGGCGACGAUUUCCUGGGAGACUUUGUGGUGGGCGAACGCGUCUGGGUGAAUGGAGUGAAGCCAGGUGUGAUCCAGUAUCUUGGGGAGACACAGUUUGCUCCGGGCCAGUGGGCAGGGGUUGUUCUGGAUGACCCAGUGGGUAAGAAUGACGGCUCUGUCGGUGGAGUGCGGUACUUUGAAUGCCAGCCGCUGCAGGGGAUCUUUACGCGACCAUCCAAGCUGACGCGGCAGCCGGUGGCCGAGGGCUCGGGGAGCGACGGCCCCUCCGUGGACUCCUUGACGGCUCAGAACUUGUCGCUGCACUCGGGGACAGCUACACCACCUCUCUCCAGUCGUGUCAUCCCUCUGCGGGAGAGCGUCCUCAACAGCGCCAUGAAGACAGGCAAUGAGUCUGGAUCUAACCUCUCGGACAGUGGGUCUGUGAAGAAAGGGGAGAAGGACUUACGGCUCGGAGAUCGCGUGCUGGUUGGUGGGACGAAGACAGGAGUUGUGCGCUAUGUGGGAGAGACAGACUUUGCCAAAGGAGAGUGGUGUGGAGUGGAGCUGGAUGAACCCCUGGGCAAGAAUGACGGAGCAGUUGCUGGUACAAGGUAUUUUCAGUGUCCUCCCAAGUUUGGCCUCUUUGCUCCCAUCCACAAGGUGAUCCGGAUCGGUUUCCCAUCCACCAGCCCUGCCAAGGCAAAGAAGAGCAAACGAAUGGCCAUGGGAGUGUCUGCCUUAACCCACAGCCCCAGCAGUUCCUCCAUCAGCUCUGUCAGCUCUGUGGCAUCAUCUGUUGGUGGCAGGCCCAGCCGCAGCGGGCUGCUGACAGAGACCUCUUCUCGAUAUGCCCGAAAAAUCUCUGGCACCACAGCUCUCCAGGAGGCACUGAAGGAGAAGCAGCAGCACAUUGAACAGCUGCUGGCAGAGCGUGACCUGGAGCGGGCUGAGGUUGCCAAAGCCACCAGCCACAUCUGCGAGGUGGAGAAAGAGAUUGCCAUCAUGAAGGCCCAACAUGAGCAGUACGUCACAGAGGCAGAAGGAAAUCUCCAGCGAGCACGAACCCUGGUGGAUGUGAUGCAGAAGGAGAAGAUUGAACUAUUGAACCAGCUGGAAGAGGAGAAGAGGAAAGUGGAGGAUUUGCAGUUCCGUGUGGAGGAAGAAUCCAUUACAAAGGGGGAUCUGGAGUUAACCACGGUGGCAGAGAAGUCCAGGAUCCUGCAGCUGGAGGAGGAGCUGAGCCUCAGGCGCAGUGAGGUGGAUGAGCUUCGUCAGUGCCUCAGGAGCUCUCACCAAGCAGACACCCCAGAGCAUAACCUUGGCUUGCAGUCAGAGGCUCUUCGUCUACGAGAUCAACUGCUGUCUGCCAACAAGGAGCAUCAGAAGGAGAGCAGCCAGCUAAAGGAGAAGUAUGAGAAGACUUUAAAGAAGUACCAGCAGGAGAUGGAGAAGCUGAAAUCUGUCAAUGAGAAGUACUCGCAGGAAAUCGUUGACCUAAAGCAUAAAGUUCAGCAAGCCACUAAUGAGAACAUGGGACUCAUGGACAACUGGAAGUCCAAGUUGGACACGUUAGCUUCAGACCACCAGAAGUCUCUGGAGGACCUGAAAGCCACACUGAACACAGGCCCUGACACCCAGCAUAAGGAGAUUGUGGAACUGAAGGCAGUGGUGGAGAGUAUAAAGAUGGAGCACCAGCUUGAGUUGGAGAACCUUAAAGCAAAGCAUGACAUUGAGACAGCUGUUCACAUAAAGGAGAAAGAGAGUCUCAAACUGAAGUUGCAAGAAGCUGUGGAUGAAGUGGAAAAAAGCAACAGCAACUGGAAAAUGCAACUGGAAACAAAAAGCAAUCAGCACCUUCUUGAGCUCCAGGAUGUGAAGGACAAGUGUCGAGAUGCUGAGCUGAGGGUACUUGAACUGGAGAAACUUCAUGGUGAAUAUACGGAUCAGACAGAAGCAAUAGCUUUCUUAAAAGAGCAGAUUUCUUUGGCUGAGAAGAAGAUGUUGGACUAUGAAACAUUACAGAAAACAGAAGCCCAGAGCAAACAGGAGAUCCACAGAUUGCAGGAAAAAGUGCUUGUUUUAGAGAACAAGCUGCAGUCCAUGGAGGCCCUGCAUCCUUCUCAGCAUGCAAAUAUGAUUGAAACUAAUGAUAUUUCAGAAGAAAAGAUAAAGAUGAAGCAGACUAUGGAAGACCUCCAAGACAAGCUGAGCAAAAGAGACAAAGAGGUGUCAUCACUGGUGUCCCAGACUGAAACUCUAAGGGCCCAAGUAAGUGCUUUGGAAAACAAAUGCAAAACAGCAGAAAAGAAGGCUGAUACAGUGUUGAAAGAAAAGAAACGUCUGGAAAGUGAACUGGAAGCCUUGACGAAGAAAACACAUGAUGCUUCAGGGCAACUGGUCCUCAUUAGCCAGGAGCUACUCAAGAAGGAAAGGAGCCUGAAUGAGUUGAGGGCACUGUUACUGGAGGCAAACCGGCACUCACCUGGGCCGGAACGGGACCUGAGCCGGGAAGUGCACAAAGCUGAGUGGCGGCUGAAGGAGCAGAAGCUCAAAGAUGACAUCAAGGGACUGCGAGAGAAACUGGUUGUGCUGGACAAGGAAAAAUCGGUGUCGGAUCAGCGGCGAUACUCCCUGAUCGACCCUUCAUCGGAGUCAGAGGUGAUCCGGCUGCAGCACCGGCUGGUCAGCACGGAGGAUGUGCUGCGCAACGCGCUGGAGCAGGGCCACCAGAUGGAGAAACUCAUGGAAGCAAUGAGGCUCUCUUCUGAGAAAACACAGACUGGAAAUUCUGGGUCUGCUAAUGGGAUUCACCAGCAGGAUAAAGCCCAUAAACAAGAGGAGAAGCUCUGAUAGAGAAGAGGUGAAGAGGAUCAUUUCAUGCCAAUAUCCGCUCCUGUGCACUGUCAGGAAAAAUGGUACCACAUUUGGCUUUAGCACCUCCAAAAGACCAGACACAGUAUUUUCACUUUAAAGCAGGACCAUGUUUAUAACACACUAACUGAUGUAGUCAGGACAAUCCUGCAGUCCAGUUUUCCAAGACAUCCUUUGUUCCAGAGGGGAGCAGAAAGGUCUCUCUAGGUUUGGUUUCUUACUUGUAUUGGUUUUGACUAUGGAAUUUGUAUUGCUGUUGUCCCACCAGCUGACCUGGUCUGGAUGAUGGCUGCCCCAAAUGGUGGCUGAAGUGUUAACAAGUCCCAGUAUCCCACAGGAACUCCAAAAAGAUUUGCUUGUGGUGUUCGAUGCUUCUCACAUGGUCUGUCCCUUCCCUUCCACACAUCCUGCUGUCUUGAAGACCUGCACAAGCAAGUGAAACCUGCUUGGCUGACUGUUCAUGCUGGCACAUGUAGGCUGAGCAAGUUGGGGUGUGGGGAUGUGUUUCCCUCCACCUUGUAGAAGACAUCAAUGUUCUGGAGACUGUACUUAGUGCUUGUAUUAUAGCAUGUCCUGGGAAGUAAUCUGAUUUCAGAGGGAUAUUUGUUUUGUUUCUCAUCCAGUGCUGUUUGGGGACAGGCAACUUGAGCUGUGGUUGGCCUUUCUUCUUGCAGAGAUCUCUGAGCAGGCCUGCCCAUGCCCUGCCCCACAGCCAGGCUGCCCAGCCUCAUCCCCAUCACUUGUAUGUGUUUUAUCGGGUCUUUUUAGAGCACAGGACUCCACAGCUGCAUCCCAUCACUGGCCUGAGAGCUCCAUGCUGCCUGCAGUCAGUGUGGGACAGAUGCCCUGUGGAGAUGGUUCCCUCCUUGCCUGUUUGAUUUAACAGCUAAUCAGGGAUCACCUGGCCUUUCUCUGGAGCUAUCCUUGGCUCUGCAGUAUGAUGCUCCAGUAUGAUGCCUAUCCCCUUCUGCCAGGAAAGCAGAAUGCUGAGGUGCUGCUCUGAGCAUCCAUGCAGCAGCAGCUGUCUGUAUUGGAUGGGUACAGCAUUCCUCUGUGUAUGACCUGAGUAUGAGUAUUUGGAGCAGAAGGAAUACAAGACUAGAGCUUACACAGCUCUUGUCUCUACAUAGCAGUGCAGGCCCAGGCAAGGAUCUCGUUCCUUUUCUGAAGACUUUACCUUCUCUAACUUUGACCACAGCUCCCAGGGAACACUAGGGUGGAGGAGAGGGACAAUAUGCUUUUAAAGGUGUGAGACUCCAGAUUCACUGCUCAGUACCAUAGGGAAGAGUCACAGCAAUAUUUCACCAGGCUUUCUCUAGUUAGUGCCUGACUCUUCCAGUCUUCAGAAUCUCAUAUGUUGUGAUGAGUUAUGUGUGAAACAGGACAAGACAGGAGAGAGCGCUGAGAGAGAUCUGAGCCUGAGCCCAGGCAGAUGAACAUCACAUCAUGUCAGCUUCAUUGCUUCUGCCUUCAUUUCCUGUAAGGUUGUGCUACUUUGUCUUCAGGGCUGCCAGACUCCUGCUUCCCUGAAGGAUGAGCAGCCAGAAGCAACCUGGGAAAGACAUGGGAUUCAUGGCUGCAGUUCUGCCAUGAGGAGGAUGUUGCUGAAUCUGGGCUAUGACACAACACUGGACCCUGCUCACUUGAUGUAGGAUUGGUGAUCUCCCUCCAUUCAGAGCGAGGAUGAGAGAGGAAGGUGACUUCAGGGCUGUACAACAGGACAGAAAGCACAGCUUAAAUCUUGUGCAUGGCAGGGGGAGGCAGAACUGCCCUGUAGAAGUGCUUCAUCAGUUUUACGCAUCACCAGGGAGAUUGCCAAGCUCUGAGGCUUUCCAAAGGGAUCGCAGGGGUUAUCCAGAAUCUUCCUGGUCCAUGUACUCAUCUCCUAAGCGAUUCAGGAAAAUCACAGAGGGAGUGCUCAUUGUUGCAGCCUGUGACAGUGAAUGCCUCUCUGGGAGCCGCUGGCUCUAAGAAUUGUGGGCUGGUGUUUCCCAAAGUGCUGCUUUGCUUGGUCUCUGGUGUCUGCAGCUCUCUCUGGAUCGAAUGGAGCUAAAGGAAUGCUGCCCAUCUCCAAGCCCAGGGCUUCCCAGGCACCUGCCAGUGGGUGAGCCCAUUCUGGUUGGGAGCUUACUUUCCCUGGUAGGUCUUUUAGUGAUUUGUGACCAGUUGCCUUCAUCUAUAAAGGGGGAUAUCUGCGUUUUCCACAUCCCUCAGUGAACCUUUGGCUCUGCACCGGGCAGGAUCCCCUGGGAAGACUUUUGGGGACCAUGUAUUUAGUUCCAUUAAUCAGAUCUGAAGUUGUCAGGGCAACUUUCAAGCUGGAGGAGUGUCUGGCUCCUGUCUCCUCCCAGGGACCAUCUUCUGUGAGUGGCUCAGACCUGUGGGUCUCCCCAGUCAGUUCAGGUGACAAUGUAGACCUGCAGCAGAUGGGUCAGGGUUGGUUUAAAGAUAGUGCUGAUGGUCUUCCCUGCCUGUAAAUAGCUGUGCUGGUCCCUAAGGAUCAGCCAGGAGCCAAGAACUUGCUUACUGCAGAGGCUGUGUGUGGGCUUUGCAUUGCAGGGCCAUACUGAAAUGGGCAGUGGGCCAAAGCCAGGGCCUCUGUAUUCCACCCUGUUCUGGGGGGCUGCUCCCCAAACAGGAGUGACUGCAGCAUCAGCAGGACAUGCUAUCACACAUCAUUUGGGUUUUAGCUCAACCCUCUAUAAAGUGGCCAUGGUUGAACAUUAUCCAUGUUCUCCCCCUCCAGAAUUGGCAUAGGCUUCCCAAGGGCACCUGCCUCUGGCUGCCCUUCUGAGCUUGUAAGAGACCAAACUAGGGACAAACUUGGAAAGGACAAGGAGGAGAUUCCCCGGCCCCUCUAUUUAUUUGUAAGUUUAAGUGCUAUUUUUGCCUACGUGGUGGUGUAUAAAGUACUUCACAGUAUUUGGUCUUACUGGCUUGGUUCUUCAGGGGAGAUUUUCAAGGGUGUUGGAGCACUGAUGCACCCAUCUCCUGUUGCUGGUCAGGAGCUGGUUCCUGUUUGUGCCUUCACUUCCCUUUGGCUUCAGCCUUGCUCUUAUCUUGACCCCCAAGAGCUGGUACAGGAGCCUGGGGGGUGGUUGUGUUCUCGCCAGCCCCUCUCCCAGGCUGUGCAUGCUGUGCUGGUGCUGCAUCUGGAGCUGAGUCCUGACAUCCUGCCCCAGAGCACCAGCACACGGUGGGGAGGAGGAGGCAGCGCAUCUUUGGAGUCAUCAGCACCAAGGGAAGGGCUGGCACCCUCUGGGACACCAGCCGUCAUCCAGCUACGGUACCCAACAGUUAGUGAUGCUUUUCUGCUGAAAGCUGAGACAUUAUCCAGUGAACA